GGCUAACGACGCAGAGACACCCUCACUCGCCCCACCAGCACCCCCCACGUGUAGUGUGGGGUAAGUGGCGUGCCAUUGGGGAGGGCUCUUCCAUGUCGCCGUGGCCGCCACCCUUGUCACAACUUCGUUGCUUCGCUCGAUGCAUUCUGAACGUUGUCCGACGGCUCCCUGCAGGGAAAUAAAGCGGACAGACAGUGUGAGCGAGAGAGAGCGAGAGAGAGACACGCGGGGGCAUUGGGCAAGCGACAGCUGCGCACACCGAAGAGGCUAUUUGAAGCGGGGCUCUCCGACUCUCGCUCUGGUGGGGCGGUGUGAAGGAUCUGGGUUAAAUUUAGGAGCAGCACUCCCCCUCCUCCUCCUCUUGCUGGACCACAGCUACUGGGGGGGGAGCCGUGUCUGCUCGCACGUAGACGCAGCCGCCGCCACCACCAUCGGCACCAACAACCUUUACGUGCUGCUCGAACAACAUCAUCUACAGCAUCAGUUGCUGCUGCUGGAACCACCAUUAUUAUUUACGACAACAACCACCACCACCAAUUAAAAGUUGCCUCAACGCUCGUCCUCUAGAGAAGCUGCUCCGCCGAGCGAACGAUCUCGACUUGGGCUCCAUUCACCACGAGACCCGAUCCCGGCAACGCCCGACUCCACCAUCUGAGUCGUCGGCGGGUUUCACUUUUCACCAGGCUACUUGCGAUUCCCCAUUGGCCAAGGUCGAGGCCACCCAGCCAACGUCCACCAUCUUAGCACCUCCACCAGCGGGUCCACCAUCUUAGCACCUCCACCAGCGGGUCCACCGUCUCUGGGAGCAUCUGCGCCGUCAACUCUGCGGUCCCCUCAAGCGCCACCGACGUUCCGCAGCGGCAGCAGCAACAGCAGCAGCAGCAUCGCUCACACUUGGCCAAGCUCGACUUUCGGCUCUUUAACAGCUGCCAACCAUCAGCACCAAGCAGGCUUUGCGAGAGCUGCCGCUCAUUGUCCAACGCCGGCUGCACACCUCCAUUCGAGGAGUAGGAGACGAUGUGGAGCACGGCCACGUGUCUGGGAGGUUGAUCGCUUGGCCGCGCCGGGCAUUGUCGAGGUGCAGCGCGAACUUGAAGACCUUCAAAUCACCAGAAGCUCGAGUUCCAAAGUCUUGACGCCGUGCACGAAUACUAUAACUUGACCCCGAGUUCGCUGCCUUCACCACCAGCAGCAACCGCAGCAGCACCACCACCAACCUACUGGCUCGUCCACCAUGGCCCUCCACGUGUCGGCCGAUGGCCUCCUGAGCGUCCAUGACAAGGAAGACUCCAAGUGUCCUCCGACGCCAGAAGAUCAGGACGAGGGAGAGGGCGCCUUCCAUCUCCUGCCCAAGUCGUCGCCACGCUUGCCCAGGCGAUCUUCCAACGACGACCUGGAGGCGGGAAGUGGGACGGAACCAACGAGCCCGUUGAUACCUACGUCUCCUUCCAUCGGCUCGCCCAGGAGACGGGUGUCCUUUGCGGACAACUUUGGACUGGAGCUGACCGCGGUGAAGUUCUACGACGAAGCCGAGGUGCCGGAUGUCCCCGAAGCGAUUCUCGACCCGCUCCGGGAUGAGACCGACGACGAUGUGAUGAGGAGGUUGACGUUGAGAUUCAGGAGCUGCGACGUGAUGAACGCCACCACCAACUCGACCUCCCCCAUCUCGCCCCCCUCCACGUGCAAAGGCCACCUCUUUUUGAAACCCAACUUUGAUGUCCCGUCCAGCAGGUCCGACCUCCUGGCCGAGGUUCGUGCUAAUCAGGUGGCGCUGGAGUCUGUCGCCGUUGAGGAGGAGGACCCCCUGUGCGUCAGGAUUCUAAUGAGGGUGCACAACAUCUGCUACCAGAAAACCGUGUUCGUCCGCAGGACUUUCGACGGCUGGGCCAGCUUCUACGACCUCCUUGCCGAGUACGUGCUGGACUCGAACGAUGGCGCCACGGACCAGUUCGCGUUCCGUCUCUCGCUGCCACCUCCCCUUGCACUGGAGGGCACCGCCAUGGAGUUCGCCGUGCGUUUUGAGACCCCCUUUGGCUCCUUCUGGGCCAACAAUGGGCAGACGAACUAUAGCCUCGUCUGCUGCUGGGCCGAUGAUGUGGACGGGAUUGGAGCGGCGGCGACACCUGCUGCUGAGGAGGAGUCCGCAGACAAGAACUUGAGGAGCUGUCUCAAGACGAAAAGCUGGGAGCCCUCUCCAGAGACACUGCAGGCCGAGGCCAUCGCUGACGGUACGGAGAUUAAAACGUGUAAAGACAUGAAGGUGAAUGAUCUUGGAAAUUCAGACCCACUUCACCCAAGCAAUCUCAAGCCCAGCAGUUCAAUGGAGAAUUUUGUGCCGCUGCAGCUGAUGGUGACGAGCCCAACUGGAGAAGAGAAGGUGCUUGGAGGAGGAAAUGAAAACAACCGGGAACUUAGGCUGCAAGUCGGAGGACAAGAGGGCACCCAUGCUGAAUCGCCUGCAGACACUGGAGAAAUCAAGAAGCUUGAAAAACGGUCCAGAUUUUCAAGAAACAAGCGAAUCGCGGCUCUUUGCAAGAAAAUGAAAGAUGAGGGUGGAAUGCACCCAUUCUGUCACAUCAGCCUCGACGACGUGGAAGGGAAUGACAACACUGACGAUUCCUCAAGUGAAGCAACUUCACCGGCUGCUAAUUUUGAAGCCGACUCUGAGAAUAAUAAUGUGUUGGACAAUGCCGGUUCGAUGAUGCACCGGGAUGCCGAUUCGCGCAACGAUAAUUUGGCAACUUCCAAGGACGCCGCUGAUGUGGUCGAGCCAUCUGCUGAUGCGGACCAGAACGAGGACCCUGACCGCGCUACGCGAAACGAAACCGGCACGGCGCAGCGACGCGUCGAGCUCGCCAAGAUGACGGAGGUCGAAGUGAGCACCGUGCAGACUGUUGUGAGGAGCGAGUUGCCAGUGGCCACCAAGUUGGACGACGACCGCUCCAGGGUGCUGGUGCAGAACGACGAAGAGGUGGGGGGGGAGGCCGCCGCCGCCUCUGGUGAUGGCCCUUCGUCGUCCAGCGAGCGGGGCGCAGAGGGGAGUGCCGAGGGUUUGAUGAGCACUUCGCGGCAGGAGCCGGCUACGGACUUCAACAUGAACAUGCCAACGGACGGUGACGCCGCCUUCGAAUCGGUGGUAGUGGUGCCGCCGCUGGCGGCGCGCAGGCCGUCGGAAAACGCUUACUCGCAUUACGAGAGCUAUGAGGACCUCCGGAUUGGAGGUGGAUCUGAAACGACUGCUAACCCCGGCGAGUGCGUUGAUGACUCCCCCACGUCGCUCGGAGUGGAUGAGGGCUGGGACGUGGAGGGGAACAGAGCGGCGGGCGCGGAUCUACCAGGAACAACCGCCCCGGGAGGCUCGGAGAAAGACGUGCAAUUGAACUACUCCAAAGAUGACGCAAAUGAAGCACUUGAGGCACAGGCGGAUUUGGACGUUUGUGAUGAACCGCCGCAAGCUCCGGUCAACGUUGAUGAUCAUGUUGCUGCUGCUGCUGCUGAAAGAGCUGCAGUGACCGAGUGUGAUGUUUCGGUGCAGACUGAAGAUGCCAGUCUCUAUGAAGAAGUCUUGCCGGAGGAUCUCAAAGGCAGUGAAUAUUUGACCGAAGUGCCCUCCAUGCCGCUGCAGGCUUUUGAGAUAGCCAAUGUUUCCUACUCAACUCGUCUGCACGAACGUCGUGCUCCAACAGAACACUCGGAGUGCGAGCUCGACGCUGCAGACGCCGUUGUUCAGCACGCAGACGAGGCUCUUGUAGAUUUUAGUCGAAAUAGCAAUGAGUUGCAACACGACUCGAUAUCGUACGUUCAUGUCGGAGGGCAAUUGGAGGAGUCGUUGUGCCCCGAAGAACCAGUCGGAAUGGAUAUAAGCUGUGAUGAUGUGCAGUUUGGUGAAGAAUUGCCUGCUCCUCGUGCAUAUGUGUUGUCAAAAGAAGCGGCACUGGGUGAAUACGAAUCGGUACAGGAAAUGCACGAAACCUCUGACGACGACUCCAGAACCCCAACUAAUGUCAGCCAAGAGCACUCGCCAGAAGUCUGCCAGGGCAAUGAAAUGGCCAAAGGGCAUACCGAGACCCAUCUGAAUCCAGUGAGCGAGGACUCUUGGGGAGAUUAUGAAAUUGUGGAAGAAACGCCAGCUGUGGAAAGUUCAACUGAGGGGGUGCUGCUGGAAUCAAGUGAUGGAAAAGCUCGUGCAGCACCGGGAGCUGAAACUGUUGGUGGAUUUUCGUGCACGCCGAGCGACGCAGCCCCCUUGGGUCACGAGCACGCCGGCGCAGCCGAGGCGGCGGAAGAAUGGGAGACGGCUGUCAAGCAGACCCUGUCAAUCCAGGAAACCCCCUGGGUGGCCGAUCGUCCACCGCUGCAGAAGGAACCGUGGGUAGGAGGGGGGGUAACACAAGGUGUGAUCGUGAAGUCGUCUCCCGUCUCCGCUAAAGAAUUGGACGAGGGUAGCGAGUGCGUGCCUGCACGUGGAAUGCAUGCUGACCGCGAGCACGAAGUUCCUACGGAGGGGUUGGCUGGGAUCGCCUAUCCAGUUGAUAAACAAGUCCAAGAACUUCUGGAAAGUUCAGAGAUGAUCUGUUCAGAACCACGCCCUCCGGAAAGUUCAGAGAUGAUCUGUUCAGAACCACGCCCUCUGGAAAGUUCAGAGAUUAUCUGUUCAGAACCACGUCUUCUGGAUAGUUCAGAGAUGAUCUGUUCAGAACCACGUCUUCUGGAAAGUUCAGAGAUGAUCUGUUCAGAACCACGUCUUCUGGAAAGUUCAGAGAUGAUCUGUUCAGAACCACGCCUUCUGGAAAGUUCAGAGAUUAUCUGUUCAGAGAUGAUCUGUUCAGAACCACUGCUUGUGGAAAGUUCAGAGAUUAUCUGUUCAGAGAUGAUCUGUUCAGAACCACUGCUUGUGGAAAGUUCAGAGAUGAUCUGUUCAGAGAUGAUCUGUUCAGAACCACUGCUUGUGGAAAGUUCAGAGAUCUGUUCAGAGAUGAUCUGUUCAGAACCAUUGCUUGUGGAAAGUUCAGAGAUUAUCUGUUCAGAACCACUGCUUGUGGAAAGUUCAGAGAUGAUCUGUUCAGAGAUGAUCUGUUCAGAACCACUGCUUGUGGAAAGUUCAGAGAGUAUCUGUUCCGAGAUGAUCUGUUCAGAACCACUGCUUGUGGAAAGUUCAGAGAUUAUCUGUUCAGAACCACUGCUUGUGGAAAGUUCAGAGAUUAUCUGUUCAGAACCACUGCUUGUGGAAAGUUCAGAGAUGAUCUGUUCAGAGAUGAUCUGUUCAGAACCACUGCUUGUGGAAAGUUCAGAGAGUAUCUGUUCCGAGAUGAUCUGUUCAGAACCACUGCUUGUGGAAAGUUCAGAGAUCUGUUCAGAGAUGAUCUGUUCAGAACCAUUGCUUGUGGAAAGUUCAGAGAUUAUCUGUUCAGAACCACUGCUUGUGGAAAGUUCAGAGAUUAUCUGUUCAGAACCACUCCUGGAAAGUUCGGAGAUGAGCUGUUCAGAGAUUAUCUGUUCGGAACCACUCCUAGAAAGUUCAGAGAUGAUCUGUUCAGACAUGAUCUGUUCAAAAUCGCGCCUUGUGGAAACUUCAGAGAUGAUAUUUUCAGAACCACACGUGCAGCUUCAAGACGACCCAUUAUUCGCAGCUGUCCCACCAAAACCCAGUCAGAAAGAUGUAAGCAUUGCGAGAGAUGCUGUUGAAACUGUGACUGACUUGGUACCCAAUGUGGAAGAUAAUCAGUGCAUUUUACAAACUGCUGUUUUAGAGCAACUCAAGCUGGUAUCAUUAUCUAAUGCUGAAGAAGAAGACAAUGCUCUAGACCCCUUUCUAAAGGCGGCAAACCAGACAUUGUGCAUCACUGAAGCAUCUCCACUGCCUCACCAGCCCAUUGGUGACGUAGUUAAAGUCCAAAAAACAACUGACAUCGAGCAGAACUUUUCAGUGCAGGAAACUCGGCCUGUGGCGCAGGAGUAUCCAUCCUAUGAUUUCGCACUGCAGGCGACGGUUACAGAAAGCCUGCCGAUGAGUUCCACGCCAAGGGUCCGUCACGUGCACCAUAAAGACACGGAGGAGCAUGAGAAUCAUCCGACUGAUGUGCUUAGAGAGGAACUGCAGCAGCAGGAGGAGGAGCAGGAGGAGGUUGACGUUCAAACAGCUAACGUCCUGGUAAAAAAGAAGACCCAAAUAUCACAUUUGGGUGAAGAGAGUGUGAAGCGUUACUUCGAAAGCGGCGACGCUGAAGCACACUUUCCUGUCGCUGCCUCCGACUUUAACCUGCAGUAUGAAGAAGUGCCGCUGUCCGAGUUCAUGUCGGAUGCAGCGGGACUUGGAGAGGCGUCGCCGUGUGAGAUAAACGAAGAGGUCAGUGUUGCGAGCGUCAUUGUUGAACCGGGCAGCUGUAAUCUGUCCGAUGUAGAGGACGACACUGAACUAGAUCAGGAUGUUGAAGAAGCUCCCGAUCUAGAGCACUAUAUGGAGCAAUUCAAGCCAAAUCACGACUUCUCAGAUGUGACGUCAAACAUUCAGGCCAUUCAGGAGGCAUUGCUGGGAGCGAUUCGCCCAUUAGUCGACCUGCCAGACAGUGAGGAAAUUGAAGCUGUAUCCUCUCUUGUUGAACCACAGCUCAGAGACAGAGGUUUUGAAUCCACGGAAGUAACAGUUUGGAAUAGACCUUUUCUUGAAAAAUUUUCAGCCGUAGAAUCCUACGUGAUGACAGAGCAGCCAGGACAACUUGGGGAGACGCCUGAUUUAACCCCAGAGAUCAAAUACCAGCACGAAUUAGAGUUUCCAAAAGCACCAAACCAAACGCAGUGGUUCCCCAAAACAUCUGCUGUGCCCAACGAACGCGUGGACGAGCCAAAAUUUAAAGAAACAAGUUUCAUUGAAAAGACCCCACCAGUGGAGCGAACCCAUUCACUGGAGGAACAUUGGGCAGCUGACUCGAGCGUGACGGAUGAUCCAGCUGCGGGGAACGGAACUCAACAUGACCUUACAAGGCGAGAGUAUGUUGAAGACGACGAACAAACGUCCAUUUGUGAAACCCACGUGCUUCUGGCCGAGGGGACCGAUAACAUUGAUGCCCUGGCAGAGCCCAUAAUUACGCAAGAGCAGCUAAACAGGAUCGUGGGCAUGGUGGAAGAGAACGUCAGACGCUUUUUGGAAGCCAACGCCGGCACGCUGCAGGCGUCGGCAGACGAUGCCGGCUUGGCGGAGCGAUGUUUACCGGAGGGCGAGGAAGACGGCGCAGGGCCUUGCGCGCAGCCUGAAGGGGGGGAGAUGGUGCCCACAGCCCAGCUCGAAGAUGCACUGGGAGACGAACUCGCGGAGGAGACUAAUUUCGAAAGCUCUGCUUUUAAACCUCCGCUGAAACUCAACGAUUUUGAAACCCCUUCUGAUGCUCUUGCCGCUUCUUCGUGCACUCGAGUAACUCGUGAUUUGGAGGCCUCUGCAGAUGUCGUUCAACCCGCUCGGUUGCUGCUCACCUCGGUUGCGCCGGCCAUAAGCACUGAUGACGGCGCGGUAACUCCUGAACUAGAAUCCGUUGACCAGUGGUUACUUGAAACCCCGCCUCUAUCGCGUCGUCGUCCCGCAAGUAGGAUUAAUGAAGGACGACUUGACGAGGAUGCCGUGCCCCAGUCGCCAGUGGAGCAGCAUCUCACUGAGGAGGUGAAACGGGUCGGAGAAGAUGUGCCUGCAGCGGGAAAAAGGGACGAAGAUGUGUGGGAUAAUGAUGAGGAUGAUGGCGUUGACUUGCGUUUUGAGAACCAAGAACUGGAUAAAGAUUUGGAGCCUCGUGUUGCGUAUGAGGAGCUAAACAAAGAUGUAGACUCGUUCGAAGAAGACAAAGAAAAGCAGUACCCAGAAAGAAAUGUUGUAGAUUUGCAGCUGGAAGAAGAGAAGGCUGAUUUGAAACGAGAGCAAGGAGUAUCAACAGGUACCAUCUUUCUUCACUCGGAUCCGCAAGUGCAACUUGAAAGUGGGUCUGUGUCUGGCUCUGUCUUGGCAGAGCCUGAAGUUGAAGUGCUCCCAGUAUGUGAUGAAAUUGAAGCAGUAGGUGUGAAGAGGUAUGUGGUUGAAGCAGGCUGUGACUACAUAUUAAAUGUACAAGAUACUGUCACAGAUGAAAGCCUCUUUGAGGAGGCCCAGGUGUCGCAGAGACCGUUGAAUGAAUUGCCAAUGUCAAAGAGGGAAAUUUAUGACCUUGCCACCAAAGUUGACCUUGACUCUGCAUGUGACCCGUCAAAAUCAUUUGGGGAGGAAGAGCAGCUCCGUGAAACUCGCCUCUUGACCGAAGUUGGAGAAAUCCGGGACAUUCUGCAGAGCAUGCUCGUGGAGGUGAAUCAGCCGGUGGAACGGUUCACACUGCGAGACUCCGCAGAGGGAAAAGACGCCCUCGCCAGCAUCAUUGAAGAAUGCGGCGAGACCAAGGAGAUCGUGGGACACGCGCUGCGGGGCAUCGCCGACGCCGGUCCAGAAGAAGGGGAAGAGCCACGUGCGACCGAAGGCUCUCCUCCGCUCGAAGGCGAUCGGCACUCGUCUCGUCAAUCGCGACCCGACUCGUCUCACGCGGCUCAAGGGCUCGGCGAUCCUGAGGGGUGCCCUGGCGCCGCAACCGACGGCGGUGGCGGCGACGAGUCGGCCGAGCAGCCGGUUCCUGACGCGAACAAAGCGAGGCCCAAGCCAAGAAGGCCGAGGCCGGCGUUCCCGACCAUCAUCGUCAACGAGGUGAUUCCGGAAGAGGAUGAGAGCCGGGCGUUCGUCGAGGACGACGACUCCCCGCCCGGAGCUUCGGGCUGGGACCAUGUCGCCGCCGAGCCCUCUGGGGGAGGCGAGGUCAGGCCGAGGAGGGGGUGGGCGGUGUCAGCCACGGCGGUGGCGGACGCGAGCCCGAGCUACAAGCGCCUGCAGCAGGUGUUCGAGAAGGUUUUGUACUUCCUCGCUUUUGUCGUUUUCCUCGUGGCCUUGUACCACUACGACAUUGUGGUGUGUUGCGCACUUUAUGUUGUUUCCUUGGGUGUCCUUUACUACGAGAACGAAAUAACUGAGUCCGGUCACAGGCAGUAUCAACCCGGGGAGUGAAUAGCUAGAUUUUGACAUGAAGUUAUUUUAAAGUGGUUUUAAGUACAGUUAUAGGUUAUGCAAUAAUGUUAACGAUGCCAGUUUAUAAUUGUCUCAAUUUAGUAUUGAUAGAUUACAUCUGAGGGAUUUUUCUCCUUGUUUGUGGGCUGUUUGGUAUUUAGGAUUUCUUGUAAAAAGUGUAAAAUGACUUGGCGUUCAGUCAUCCUAAGUCUAUUUUUAUAAGCAAUAGAUCAGUUUUCCAUACUUGUACAACAAUAACCCACACCAUGCACAAACCAUUAACUAUGAGCAGUUGCAACGUAAAAGCAUUAUUUAUAGCGUGUUCGAAAAACAUGCUGGCAUCGAAUACUUAAAAAAAAUCACCUUUAAUAGCGUCAUAAUUUCUUGCGUAAUGGUAGAAUAUUAACUGAAUGUAACAUAUAUGUGCAAAAAAGGAUUUGGAAUAUAUUUGUUAGGAUAAAGACAUUAACAGCUCGGGAUUUUAUAUGGGGGGGCAGGGGGAAUAAGUAAUUGUCCAGCAGUUCCGAAGCGCAGUCGGACUGUGCAGUAGCUGUCAUUAUUUCCGUACAUUUCAAGACGUUGCAGUGAAGCUGUGUUUUUUUCCCUUCAUUGUUUUGAUGUUGGCAUCAGCCUCCUCGGAUCGUUUAAAGCAGCUUCCACGUCGUCAAAAUAACCGCUUUUACCUCUUUCGUACCUUGAGCAAUAAUGGUGAAGACUCGCUUGGCUAAACACACGGCACUAGCUUUUUGUAAAAGGAUAUCUUUUGGAACGCGUUGGGUGCCACUCGUCCUCCAAUCGGCUUGCGAUGCAAUUGGCGCAACGGCCAAAUUUCGCGUUUUGAGGGCUUUGCACAUGCGCAGGCCAGUGUGUGCGCAAACUUUGCGGACUGUAUCGCGAACCUGCAGUAGGGUGUAGGCGAAUUGAGAGUACGGCGAGUGUCAAUGCUGAAUUUGUGGCGUGUAUCAAAUAAUACACGAGGAUUUGUAUAAAGCGGCUUGGCUUCAAAGCAUCGCGCGAUAACCCCCCCCCCUUCCCUUCCAUUGGUGUGAUUUUCAUCCUGGGCGUUGAACUUUAAGGCAAGAUGGUCGAGGCUUUUUUACAUUUCAAUCUGUCACCUCGAUCCAUAAUAAACGUCUCAAUUCAUAUGGAGGAAUUAAUAAGCUUUCAUGAAAUAAAUAGCCUUGACAGUGUUUGUUGCCUUUUUGAUGGUGUAGUGUGUCUCGGCCCACUGUUUUCGAUGCGGCAUCAACAGCCGUUGCUAUAUUAGCAGUACAGUUUGGGCCCUCCAGGCAAUUCUGGCCCCCCCCACCAGUUCGCCUGCGAUCGCUAGAGAGAUGGACUUGUAUUAACACUGACAUUUGUAACUUUAUUUUAAAGUCUUAGCAUGUCGGCGUGCUCCUGCAUGCAUUCUUCACAGACUGUCUUCCCCCAUCGUGUGUGUCCAAAUGCAGCCCAAUGUAAAUUGUGUUUUGAGUAAUAAUCAUAAUAAUAAAUGUAUUACCGUAUCAAGAUGUGGUUUUCCCGAUUGGCCACAUCUGACGAUGAGCGUUUUUGUCGGUGCACGUGUCUUUAACUAUGCGCACCUAUGUUGAGUUUGAAUGAAAGGUAACUCCAGAAGAUUACGAUGAAUGUUUAAUGAAAUGUUAAAGUGUUUGUUAUUUAAAGAAAGAAUAAGGGGCGGUGGAAACAUAGGUCUACGUUGGGAAUUCACUUUGGGUAUUUCUAAAGGAUAUUUAAAAUUUUAACUAUUAAAUAACGACCUAUAUCAGGCCGAUGUGUACAAACUUGUGACUUGGGUUUCUGAAUUACUUGCAUCCAUGACAUUUUGCCACUAAAAUUUACAUUUUAUAAGAUCACCAUUGUGAUGUUGUUAAGUCUACAAUAAAUCUAUAUUAAAUGUUCCUAUUUUAUAAUGAAAAUCUUCUACAGUGGCAAUGUGGGCAAUAAAGAUCCUGUGACCCUCUCCCCCAUUUACAAGCAUAACCCCCGAUGUGCCCUAACCAAACUCCAAACCUUGGCUUCGUGCAACUAAAUAUAUCUUUUAAAAUGUAACGUUCUCUUGCCCACCUACCGUUCUCAGGUCCCCGCUUUCUUUAACACGGCUCGCGAAUCUCAGUGGCCUCGUCUGGUUAAACAACUAACACGAAAUUUAGCUAAUACGGUAAUUUUACGUGUGAUUUAAAGUGCUGCGUUUCCCAUUCCCUCCCAUCCCAAGACCGGCUUAACACACUUUUGCCGCGACGCCCCAUCCCAGGAUUCGCCUCCCUCGCACGAUGUGGUCACGUCGACCACCGAGCUUUUUGAAAUAAAGCGCGAGCCGCCUGCUUCGUGUGUACAAGGCGGGGGGGAGGGGGGGGGUCGUCUCGCGACUGUGGUCCCUGUCCAAAACUCGAUUUGUUUAGAAUGUGAGAGCCUGCACGGAACACCGUGUUCAGGCCGGGUUUGAUAACCGGGGCCUAAAAAUAGGGUCGUGCCAACCGUGCGUCUCGUGGCCGGUUGAACCUGCGGUGGUGGAACGACGAGGCAGCAGCACAUGUUGGUUUCUGUGCUGUUCGUACAGCACGGAGGUUAAGACGGCUUUCGUGCGGGACAAAUAGGAAUACGCAUAGACGCGCCACCUUUCCUUGAGUUUUCGUUGUCGCGACCCCCAAGGUCGGCAUUGAGUUACGUCGGCGGGAGUUUCAAAUGGUUAAUUUUUUUUUCACUAUUGUUAAUGAACAGUUUUGCUGAGCCGGCAGGAAAGAAACAAGGUGAUAUAUUUUUCACACGCGUUUCCCAGACUUUAUUUUCGAUUGUUCAUGAGCGACAACUUUGGUUCGAGUUGUGGUGAUGAGUUUGAUGGCUCAAGUUGUUCUCAAUGUUUUCGUUAAGCCCUCAUAGUACGCAUUCUUUUCUGAAGUAUAUUCUUUUCAUUGUUUUUAGAGCAUUGAUUAUCCAUAAUUUGAUGUGAUUGCUCAAAUUACGUCAAAUACAUCCCCGCAAUUUAAGUACAAAGUAUUAAUUGGGUGCCGUAAUUACGCUGGCAAUUUCCAAAACGAUUGCCACUGAAGUGUUAACACUGCAUUUUAUUGUGCAUUUUGCGAGUUGUAUGUAGUCGUGGAUAACACACUUGUAUUAAUCAUAACAGACACUGGGUAGCCUUGUUAAUUUACUCUAACCUUUGUAAAAUACAGCGUGUUACACUUUUCGCGAUUUAAAAAAACCUGGUAUUUUAGUCUCCACCAUUUAUUUUGGUUGAAUAUGCCUUGCAGAAAGUGACCCAUUGCACCAGAAAUUAAUGAAUGGACAGAACCAGCACCCAUUCUGGUUCGCAUGCAAAACCCGCGAACGUCAAGCGUGAGCACGGGCAAUAUUACCAGCCUAUUGUCUCUUUAUUGGCCCUCAUUUCAAUUAAGUUGUUGAUUGCAAAGGCCGGAGGACAUUUGAAUUUGUGUCCAGAGAUGAAAUAAAAACACGAUCUGCUUUGCAUACAAAGACUCGGCUUUGUUGGAAUUAAAAUUACUUUGAGUAUAUGUCAUUCACGAAACUUUAUUUUUUGGUGAAAAUCAAAUGAUUCGGGGGCACGGAACAAGGUAAUUGCACAGCAUCGUUCGGAGUCGGCUCGGAUAAGUAAGGGGAGGCGCCCGGUCAUUUUUAAGAAUGAGAUAUUGAAAAGAAAAUUUCUCCAACUUAGCGCUUCUUCUCACGUCUCGUCGCCGAGUAAUAAUUACAUGGUGGCACUCGUGUUUUGACACUGCGAGGUUGCCAUUUGAAGAAAUAUUGUAGUCGUGCAUCUGUGCGCUCACGUUGCGUCCAAAAUAUUUCAGAAUGUUUGUUUCGAAGGGAUGGCUUGUAUCAUUUAACUGCAAAGCUUCCCACCUGCAGCGAUGUUUUUGGGGUGAUCGUUUAUUUAGGUAAUUCUCUAAAACUGAAAAUCGAACUACGACUGCACGGGUUUUCUCACAGUCGUGCUGUAGAGCUCUCCCGUGUGUCAUUUGGAUUGUAUCGCUUGUUGUCCGGCGCGAUGUCCCAACGUUUCGCUCCACACGCUUGGACCUUCAGGAGUUCGCUGUCUCUAGAACAACACGUGGUUACAGGCAUACACUCGGCGGGAGAUCUAAGUCUGUUGCUAAUGAAUACAAGCAUAGCAUAGUAAGAGCAAGCGUAGUAACAACUUGCAAGCAUAAGUAACGUCUAGAGGUAUGAAUAUAAAGCAGGUUCUUAAGCUAAAAGGGAUUUUCACCGUACAAGCUUAGGCUAAUUGUAAUUCCAUUCUAAAUAUAUGCAAAUAGUUUUAUAUAUACAGCGUGGUAGCACUAAACUUUUGAAAUGCAACCCAAUAACUGAAAAAGUUUAUUUUUUUGGGUUAAGGGUUUCUUUAUGAUAGCCAUACACAUUAGGAUAUGCAAACUGAUUAUGCUUUAAUGUUCAUUUGAAACGGCCGUUUCUUCGCAGAGAUUACAUUAUUAUUUUUGCUUUUUCCGUAGCGUGAGCAAACGUUUAAAUGGUAAUUAUGGAGACGUGCAUGCAAUUGUGUUUGAUGGUGGUGUUGAAAGCGGAUUCAUUUUUGUGUGAUUUCUCAAAUGCUUAUGUUUUUACGAAAGUGUUCAUUGCUUCUCUUUAUAAAUUGUCACGUUUCUCUGCAGUGGAUGGCAUUUUGCAAAUGCCCGUUUCAAUACAGUUAAAUCGGACGCACCCUUUUAUGCUCUGUCCAUCCGUUUAGUUUGGCAAUACUAUUAAUGCUAUAACUACUAAAUUAGCGUGUAGUGUGCAAUGUGUGUGUGUGUGCGCGCGUGGGGGGAGGGUUCUUGUCCACACUGUGUAUUUGACGUUGCUCGUUUGCACUGUCGGCUUGCGUUGUUUUUUGUGUGUGCGUUUUUUGAGUGAACCAUUUGUUGUCUGCACUUGGACUGCUGUUUCAAGGGAAUUGAAGUGCAAUUAAAGAAAGAUGAUCUCCU